AUGGGAGAGGAAGCCAUGACGUCGAGCGCAAGUAACAAACAGCACCCGCCGCCGCCGCCGCCGCCGCCGCGCCCGGCGUCGCGCUCGUCGUCGCAGUUCUCAUCGCACGGCCGCGGCGGCGCGGGCAACAUGGCCGAGGCGCGGCAGUCGCCCAAGCUCACGCCAUCGGACCUCGAGACGCCCGUCCUCAAGAAGCCCGUCGUCACCACGGGCCGCGGCGGCACCGGCAACAUGGCCAAGAACGAUGACCCCGUCGAGACGCGCAUGCGUCAGGACGUCGAGGGCGUGCCCCGAAGACUCAGCUCCGGCGCCCAGCACGCCGGCCGCGGCGGUGCGGGCAACGUCUUCCGCGACAGCGACGAUGCCGCUGCUGAGUUGGCGCCCACGACGAGCCAGGAGCAGGCCGUCGACGACGACAGCGCCGACGCUCCCGGCAACCCUGGCCCCGACUCGCUCACCUCCAAGGGGCGAAAGUGGCUUCUUGGCAAGAAAGCGUAG